GUGAGUUGUAUAUAUUGCAACGUUUAUAUAAAGCACCCCUGGAUGGGGCUAUUUUUAGGCGCAAGGAUGGGUGCGGUUUUGUUUACACAAUAACGUCGGAACAGCUGGUGAUAUAUGGCGAGAGCACAUGUUAGCUGCGAAGGACUUGGAUAACCCCAUUUGGUACUUCUUGGAAACCAAACUGCAUAAGCGAACCCUUUAUUUUGGUUACAGAAAACUUGUUUCAGCAUGUGGAAAUGAGACGGCUAUGAUGUAAUACAGACGGUCCGCUUUGACGUGGGCUCAUAGGUGUUUUUUCUUCAGAUAGACUUGUCUCAUGAGGCAGAACAGUUCACGUUUUAAUACGUGCGGCCUCAGUUUCUCUGAAAACAUGAUUUACAACCCCAAACUCUGUGCUCUGAUAUAAAACAGAUGGCCCAAACGUGUUGGGACAUGCAGCAUGGCUGCUGAAGCUCCAUGACAUCGUUUCUUCACAAACAUGAUUUACGACCUCCAAACCAUGAUAGUACGCAAAAGCAAGCAAGUUUUGAUAUAAAACAGAUGGCCCCAAUGUGUUGCGGCAUGCAGUCUUGCUGCUGAUUUAUAAGACACGGGAGGGCCUCAGGGGAGAACAGUCUGCUUCGAGCCACAACUCGCUUCAAACGUCUUGAAGGCUACAAUGAGCGUCGAAAGAAGAGGGUACAAUGAGUCGUAUAUUCAGUACGGAUUCAUAUGCACAGUCAUAAACGGGGAACAAAGGCCUCAAUGCGUCGUCUGUAACAAGGUCUUGUCUAACGACUCUAUGAGGCCGACCAAGCUGAAGGAACAUUUGCACAGUGUUCACCCUCAGCACAGCAAUAAGGAAAAGUGCUUUUUCCAGCGUCAUGAAAACGUCCUGAAAAAGAUGAAGCUAGACUCUACGGGAGCCUUCCAAAUUGCAGGCCACAACCUUAUGGAAGCGUCAUAGCACUGGAAAUAGCGAAGCAAAAAAAGCCACACACCAUUGGCGAAACCUUGAUAAAACCUUGUGCCCUCAAUAUGGUUGAAAUAUUAUUGGGUAAGGAGCAAGAGUUGAAACUGGCAGCUGUUCCUCUCUCAAACAGCACUGUUCAAAGACGAAUAAGUGACAUGGCUGACGACAUCAGGGAUCAAGUUGUUCAGCAGAUAAAAUCCGCAGCAUUUGGACUCUUCUCAAUUCAGCUGGACGAGCCUACUGAUGUGGCAUCAUGCUCCCAGCUGCUGGUGUUCGCCAGAUAUGUGCACGCGGCUUCAUUUAAAGAGGAGUUCCUCUUUUGCUCUACGUUAGAAACUACAACAAGAGCCUCAGAUGUCUUCGAAAAAGUGUCCUCAUUCUUCGAGUCACAUGGCCUUUUAUCGAACAACGUCUGCGGUUGCUGUACGAAUGGAGCGCCGGCUAUGCUUGGGUCGAAAUCGGGUUUUCAGGCUGCCGUGAAAAAGCGAGCUCCUGAGGUCAAGAGAGUCCACUGCAUGAUCCAUCGUCAAGCGCUCGCGUCAAAAACGCUUCCAGCUUCCUUGCAAGAGGUCCUGGAUCUAACGAUCCAGAUUGUCAACUUUGUCAAAGGGGGAGUUCUCAACACGAGACUCUUCAAGGAGCUGUGCAGUGAUAUGGACGCAGGACAUCAGUUCCUCCUUUUUCACACAAACGUUUCAAGGGGAAACGUGACUGCCAGGGUGUUCGAACUCCGUGAAGAGCUUAAGGUAUUCUUCCAAGAACAGGGCAAGACGACGUAUUUCGCCUGGUUGAGCGAAGAAGCGUGGAUAUUGCGUCUCGCCUACUUGGUGGACAUGUUUGAGCAGCUGAACAAGCUGAACCUUCAGAUGCAAGGAAGAAACACGAACAUAAUCAAGUUCAUCGAUUCACUGAAGGACUUCUCGUGCAAACUGCAAAAUUGGAAAAGGAAAGUGAAGGGAGGCAACGUCGCAAUGUUCGAGAAGCUGUCCUCAAUGCUUAGCGGCAGUUACCAUGAUGGCAAAGUUCCACCGUUCCCCAGAAAAUAAAUUCUGCUCCAUUUGACAGCUUUGGAAGGGGAAUUCCACAGGUACUUCCCUGAACUUAGGGACGACGACUUGGCUCUAGUGCGGAACCCUUUCAAGCUCCCAGUGGGGAAGGUGCCUGAUAAUUGUCAGGACGAAUUUUUGGAACUGCAGACUGAUUGCGGAGCAAAGGAUACGUUCGAAGGGAAAACCAUAACAGAGUUCUGGCCGCUGAUGUGCUGUUCUUACCUCAAAGUUUCGGAAAAAGCGCUUCGCACGUUGCUUCCUUUUGUGUCAACCUACCUAUGAGAGUCUGGGUUCUCGGCGCUUUUACAGAUCAAAUAGAAGCAACGAAGCAGGCUAGAUGUAGAGUCUGAUCUAAUCUGAUGUAGAAUCUGAAGCUAGAUGUAAGAAUCUGAUCUGCGCUCUUUCGUGCACAGCUCCGCGAAUCGAGGAACUCCUGAAGAAUAGGCAGUCACAAGUGUCGCAUUGACCGUUGUGUGUUCGGAACUCCCACUGACGCGUGGCGUAAUUGUGCCUGCCUAUCACUCGUUCGUUCUCCCCUCCUCAUUUUUAUUUAAAAUGUGGACUGCGUCAGCGAUGCUGAAAAUGAUAUAUGUGUUCUAGUGCUGCAUAUUAAUGUUCUGAUUACCAACACGAGGUCCCGUGGACAUUGUGGUCCUAGUCAAUCUUGAAUAAAGUAUUUUCCGUAAGUGGACACCAUAUUUCGGCAACCUGGUAAGCCGUCUAACUGUACUCGUGUGGUCGGGCAUCUGUUCCUGCGUAGUUCACACUAGCGCGCGUAGGGGGGGCAAUGACGUCUUGACGAAUGCCAAAAGGGGUCCGGGGAGCUGGAAACGUUGAGAACCACUGGUCUAAACGUAGGAACGUGCUAACGAAUAUUCAUUUACUGGCACGUAAGGAGGGUGAGUGUUUCAAAUACAAUACGCUCGCACUCCUGCAUCCACAGGGUUCGAAUACACGAUCAAAAGAUAUGAAAAUUAUGCAUCGGAGUAUUGGUGACCUAGUCGCUUCCCCGUUUCCUACUCUGAUCUGGACGAAUUCGAAGAGAAAAACAAAAGAUAUCUGUGUACGUGUACGAGUACAUCGAUCAGGGAGUACACGUGUCGCGACCCCCAA